AUGCCUUGUCAAAUUUCUUCGGCCAAGAACCGCCCUUUCCCUGUUAAGAUUGUUCUUACGUCCAUUGAAGAAAUCGUGAUAAGAGAUGUCGUCACAUCAAUGACUGUGCUGGCCUUAAAAGACAAAAUUGAGUUGCAAUGUGGGAUUCCACGGUAAGAUUGAGUGAUUCCUUUUGAAAAAUUCCAAUUCCAGCGAUCAGGAAGUUAUGCUUUAAAUCAUAAUUGCUGAUCAGGUACGGUUACAUCGCUCCAUUUGUAGAGGAAAUCGUUUCAACGUCAAUGUACUAUUUAUGCACUGGGCAUUGUUUGUAAGUUUUCAAAAUUGAACGAGCCGCAAGCUCAAGUCUGACUCUCAGCUUGAAAUCCUGCUUAUUUUCAGUUAGAUGCCACUUUCAAAUGUAUUAAGAAUUCUGGCAAAAAAACUCUGAUAGACAUUAGACUUUUGAAACUCUCUGCGUAACAAAGCGUUAAUGUAAAACAGAUAAAAAGUCUUUUGAUAAAGGAUCCCUUCCGCCUAAAAAAAUUGGGAGCCAUUUGACCUUCAAAGUGAAAAGCGUAUCCUUUCGUCCCUUGUUUGAGCCUGGUACUGAACAUUUAAUUUUCGCGAGACAAGAUGCUGAAUGUAAGCGGAAGAGUACAAUCGUCUCGUGUCACUGUUUAAUUGCUCUUUUCUUCGGCGUAUUUUUGUUUCUAUGUUUGUAAUUUUGUUUUUUUGUUUUAAUUAUUUUCAAAGGCAAUUGCAACGCUUAACAUAUCUUGAUGAACUAGACAUAGAUGACAGAAAAAAACUGUCCUUCUUCCAUGUAGUACCAAACUCCAUACUUACAGUGAAAUGGUGGCCUGAGUGGGCUUCUCUGAUUCAAGCCGCUUAUCGUGGUGACUUAAAAAGUAAGUCAUUUUAUCUGACUACGUGGUCAUUUAUGUGUUAAUUGUGGACAAUUUCUAGUUUAAAUCAAAACCUUCAUCGAAAAUUUGCUGAAUAAAGAAAUAAAGGCAACAUUUAUAUGCUUACUGGCUCAUGGUUUAUUUGAGCCAUGUGGUUUUUCAGCUAAUAUGCAGACACAUAACACGGUUUAUAUUUUGACCCAAAGCUAUAACGAAUUCUGUCAGAAUUAACAAUUUCAGACUGAAACUUCUACAAUUCUAUGAUUUGUGUGGGAGAGAGAUCUCAGUUUGGAUGGCUGCAAUCUCUCGAUCUCCUGCUCGUCCUGAUUCACAUCAAGUUCUUUGCAACAUCUACGUUCACUUGAAAUGAAAAGAAAAAGUUUACGAGAUUUAUUCGAGGGCUACUAUAUUGCUUUAGUCUACAACCCUCAUUGUGGUGGUAGAUGUAUGCAGAGCUAAGCGAUCGUGACUUUUUCGUGCACUCGCAAAAUAACGGCUCGCAAGUAAAUAUGAAUGUUUAUUAACUGUUUUGUUCUUAAAAUGAAAUCAGACGUGAUGGCGUCGCGAAUAAGAGUGAUGGAGCAUAAAGUUGGUUGGUUUAGAGGGGCGCACUUUAAUGAACGUGGCUAUAUAGCUCUGUACAUUGCCUCCCAUCGCGGUCAUGAGCGAGUGGUUUCCAGACUAAUGAGCUUAGGUAUUGAUCCAUGUCGGAAGAUGCCAUCUGGGAGAUCGUCUAUUCACGUUGCCGUCCUCAAUAGAAGAAUAACAUGUGUGAACCUUUUAGUUGGUAAGAUAAGCUAACACACUUAGACUAGACGACUGACUGAAUUGUCUCAACUAAGGAUUUCGACUUUCGGAACCUUAAAUUGGGAGAGCUUGGAAGUAUCAGUUUGGUCUCAAAGAGCUUCGAACCUCUUAUCAUUAUGAUGGACGAAAUUCUUAAUUUUCGUCGAUUUUCCUUUGUUAAAGUUUCUCUUUCAUGGUGUUUCUAAGAUAACUACGUGGCUUAUCCCCUAAGAUUCUUAAAUUAAGGACACCCGGUCGAAAUAGGGGCGUUUGAUUGGUUUGGCAUAAUUAACAACAUCACUUCUUUCAUCUCUCCAGUUCACAGUAAAUUGCAAUCAAUUUAUUGUUUAGUGUGUGCCUGUGUAUUUCUAAUGAGAGUGAAAGCAUUAGGUUAACAUUUGCUUUAGCUUUCAAGGUAUUUUAGCAUGCUUUCUUGCUCACUUUUCUUCAUUCAUUUAGGAAAGGCGAGAGGUAAGGGAGGUGAGGCAGGCUUACGUGAGAACUGUGCAAGGAGGAACACGUUUCUGAACAUCGCCGGUCAACUUCAGCGGAGAGAUGGCUGGAAAUUACUGGUAAUACAGCUCAGGGAGCGCAUGGGACGCCGGGAAAAAGAUACUUUGAGUAAACGAGAUAUUCCCCUGCGAGAAUUUCAGAAAUAUGACUCUACAUUUUCGACAUAUUUAACAGGUAAACAAAAGCACGAUUAGGUUAUUCGUGUUACUUCGACUGUUUAUUAAAAUCAUUUUGUGAUAAUUAUCGAUGACAUACCACUUUAAGUGUCUAAGCUUGUCUUCUCUAGAUAUUUUAAUGAGGGUUAAGUGACCGAAGCUCAUUUUUUCUUUCCUUUCUUCGUUUUGUUUUGGUGCUUUCUUUUGUUGUCACCGUCACAUGAGACAUGGAUGUCUAGAACAGCAGUUGCACAAGCUGUUUCCUUGAAUCUUUUUCCUCCUUUGCUGAAGAAGGGGCUAAUUAUGUUUUUCACUGACAAAGUCUUUGUAUUCUUGCUUAUCGACCAAUUUAAUAAAUGAGUUUAGAUGGUACUUAUUAGCUUCCUCCUACCUCGCCUUCAGUUUCUUUUCAUCCACUGAUUGGCUGAGCACGUCAUUUAGAUUGUAGCAUAUUUAGCACCUGCAGUUUGUUUUUUUCGCAUUAGCGUUCCUGGCGAAAGUGAGCUUUUCCAUCGCAGAUUGGUGCCACGAACUUUUUCUUUGUCCUCCAUAUAAGCCCUCUGCUACACUCGUAUUUCCAGGAAUCACUUUUUGUAUGUCGCAUCCACAAAAUGUCGCAUAAAUGGGUGGUAAUACCAAUUUAAGCGUACCUUAUCUUAAUCGAUAUUUAUUUAUACUUUUAUUUAUCAAUGUCCUAAUUUAUUUAUUUAUCUUCCUAUCUGUUGCUUACAUGUAUUUAUUAAUUUUUCAAUAGGGCCUCUUGGCAGGAUUUACCUUUGCACAGUUCUCCAGAAGAACCCCCUUCGAUGUCGAACUUUCAUAAAACCUUGGAAAUUUUGA